AUGGAUUCAUUCGAUGCAGGACCCACGAGUGAGGAGACGCAGGGAGAAGAUAUCGAGGACGCCGAAUUCCGGCGAGACGAGGACGCCGACGCCAGCGACGACGUUGCCGGGUCCUUGGAAGGCUUUGUGGAGACGGGCGACGAAGAAGAUGCCCUGUCUUGGGGCGAGGUGGGUAGGAUGCGGGGUGCAUUCCCCUCGGAUGACGAGGUCGAGCUGCCCGAUCAUCUGAGGGGCCCCAAGCGGCGCCGUACAGCCGAGGCGCUGCCCCCCAUCAGGACGAGGGCUGCCUCCGCUGGCCCCUCGCAGCACGAGCCGGGAUCCGGCGGUAGCGCGUGGUCCACUCCGACCGUCCCGAGGCGGACCGAGGACCUGCCGUUCGAGACCGAGAUGGACCACCUCAUCGCUUCGCUGCCCGAGCCGACGGUCCUCGCGAAGGUGCCCUCGAGAGGAGAGCAGCACAGGAUCUUCGUGCUCAUGUGGGGGAUGCGCAAGGCUGUGCUGCAGUAUCGGGUUCGCGUCGGACGGCCCGUGGAGCACCUGUGCGGGUUCCGGGGUCGCUCCACGAGCGGCUUCCUCGUGGCAGUCCGGCGCCUCGCGGAAGCUCUGCCCGAGGUGGAACAGGCGCUGACGCUUCCCGACGCCGCCAUCUCGCUCGUGGACGCCAUGCAGAGGGCGUUGCGGCAGUACGACGGACGGCCUCCGGAGGGGCAGGGUGGGAAGCAGCGGAAGAAGGAGGAGGGGCGGCUCCUGCUCCUGACCUAUCUCCAGAGCCAGUUCUUCGUCUCCGGCUACAGGUACAGGGAGGAGGCGUGCUGGAAGAAGAGGGGCAGCACCGCGAGCUGGGAGCGCGUGUGCUCGGUGAAGGAGUUUGUGUUCCAGGCGUGCACCUCCUGGGAGGCACCCGACAAGGUUUCGCAGGUGUUCAACCUCAAGGACCAGGACUGGAACGUGGGCCGCUACUUCGUGGAGAACCGUGUGGACAUCACCCUGCCGACGCUCGCUCCCUCGAGCCGCUACCUCUUCUCGUUCCGCAACGGUGUGUACGUAGCGCUCGUCAGCACCGCGCUCAUGUUCCCGGAGUUCGUGGACCUCGAGCGGGGCCCCUACGACGCGUUCGUCAAGAAGGAGGACAUGGCGCGGAUGCUGCGGCCCACGGUGAUCGCGUGCAACUACUUCGACCGCGACUUCGACGUCGAGGACUACGAGAGGUGCAAGGACAUGCCGCCGGCCGACCUGAUCGAGUCUUCUCAGGAGAGCUUGCUGCGGAUGCUCAAGAGCCAGCGGAUGAGCUCUACGGUGCUGGUCAUGUUCUACGCGUUCGUGGGCAGGCUGCUGGGCGAGAUUCGGGACGACAACUGGGAGAAGCUGUUCUACGUGGUCGGUCAGGCCGGCUCGGGCAAGAGCACCCUGCUGGAGAGCAUCCUCGCCAAGUUCUACGCGGAAAACGACGUCUGCAACACGGGCUCCGACACCGAGAAGACCUUCGGGAUGCAGGCGUUCGUGGGCAAGAAGCUGGUGUUGCUGGACGAGACGGCGAAGAAGCUGGGCAUUUCCCAGCAAGCGAUGCAGAGCUGGAUAGCCGGACAGAGCGUGCCGAUCAACCGGAAGUACAUGGAGGCGAUCGAGGCCCGCCUGCCACCGCUCGUGGCGUCCGGCAACGAGACGAUGGCGUACGAGAACAACCAAGGGUCCCAGAAGCGCCGCGUGUGCAUCUUCGACUUCCCGGUGAAGAUAAGGUCACCGGACCCGUCGCUGAGGGAGAAGAUCGAGGGCGAUCGAGACAGGCUGUUGUACAAGCCCCGCCUCGUCUACCUGCACAUCAUGCGGGAACACAAGAAGGCCUUCCCGCUCUCCUGGAACGCGUACUUCGACGCGACGUAUCUCAAGCACGCGACGGCGUCCAUGGACAAGGACGUGGUCGCCCUCCUGAGCGAGCGGACGGACAUGAGCCCGGGCGAGGUCCACGUCUACUGCCCCCUCUCCACCCUGAUGGCCGACUUCCGGGACCAGACCAAGAAGAAGAAGGCCAAGAUCAAAGCCUACGUCCUCGAGCACUUCGAAGUGACCCCCCCGCUACGCCUGCCGUAUCCUCGCAAGGCCGGCCAGGCGCCCGUCCGAGACGCAUACGUCCUCGGCAUCGACCUCAAAGACCGAGGCGACGAGUCGUUCAAGCUCUCCGACUGGCAGUGCAUCCGGGAGCUCGGCCAGAAGACGGGGAAGGUGAUGGUGUUCGACGGGCCCGAGAGAGAGGCUCUCGACGUCGACGUGUGCUCGCAGUCUGAGCUAGAGAGGGACGCUUCCAGUGACAGGGUUCUCAAGAGGUGCAUCUCCCUCGACCGCCUCGUCCGGCUCUGGAACGAGGCACUCGCGACGAAGGUCAACAGCGUCAGCAUCCUCAAGCACCCCGUCAUGCGCGCUUUCCCGACGCUGUUUCUCGACCUCGGCGACGGCCCCAGGUGGUACGUGUUCGGGCUGCGCAAGAGGGGCACCGAGGACCUAGACGGGACUUACAUAGAAGUAGCUAGAGUAGAACUGGAGAAGGAGAGUCUAUUCCCGAAUGCGAAUCGUUUCAAAGUAUUCUUCGACCGCCCCCCCUUGGAGUCGGUCCUCUCGUGCGAGGUCGUAUCGUUGACCAUGAGUGUCAUCGGCAUGGAGAAUGUCUCCGACGGCAGCAAUGACAUGAGAUGGUGCGAGAGCAUCGAUGGUCGGAACUACGUCCACAUCUUCUAUAUACCGACAGGCAAUUACACGGAAUCCGACCUCGCGGUCGCAGUUCAGAACGCACUGAACGAUCGAACGGCUAUGCGCAAAGACGCCCAUGCACCUCGACACUACGGCUGCUCUUUCUCCAACGUGGAUAGACGCUUCUACAUCACCCUACUCGCCGGAGAGGCCACGGGUCUUUCGAUAUUGCCGUCCGGCAUCGCCCGUCUCAUGUGUAUGGAGGGGGGGCUUCCCAGCACCUACGUAGAGUCCAGCUGCUCUGUGAACUUCAACCCGGAGAGGUUUCUCUACCUAUCCAUACCGCACCUCGACACGGCCGUCGUCUGUGCCGGAAGCGAUGAAUCGGGAGACGAAUUGCCGUUCAUCGCCCGCAUGCCGGCGCCGGUGUCGAUCGGCAUGUACUUCUGCAACAUCUGCCAGCCCGGCUUCGAGAGCUUUGCGAAGCGCUUCGCCCCUCCCGUCGCGUUCCUCGGGGGAAUGGAGCUGCGCCUCACCGAUGGGACGGGAGCCCUAGCGGAGCUUCCGCGCGGCUUCGAGUACUCGUGUCUCUUCAGGUUCAGGGUGUUGGACAGGCGAGUGUGA